AUGCACCAAGAAAUAAGAGUGCUUGAGGAGAUAGAAGCUGAAGAGCGUGAUGAGGAGGAUGAGAUGGGGAUGCUGGAUGAGAACAGCAAUGGUGUGGAGGAGGAGGAGGAUGUGGGAGGGGGGCAGGAUGAGGCAGCAACAGCAGGAGCUGAUACUGGGGAAACUGCAGGGGAUGAAUCUGCAGAAAAUGUUCAAACAGGUGCUGUCGUGCUGUACGGUGUGGAUGACCUUGAGCGGCAGCUGACCUUGCAGCUGCGCAGGUUCCGCCAGGAACAGCAGGCGCAGCAGAGACAGCUGGAGGAACAGCUGCAGCGCAGGCGGCAGGAGGAGGACAGCUGGCGGAUGGAACAGGAGCAGCGCAGCAGGAAGAGGGAUGCAGAGUUUCACAAACAACAGGAACAGCUGGAGAAACACAAAGAAGAGGAACAAGCCAAGCUCGAUGCUCAGCUGCAGGAGGAGGAGAGGAGGAAAGAUGAGUUGCUACGGCAACAGGAACAGCAGAUACAGCAGCUGUCCCAACAAACUGCCGAGGAAAAAGCUGCAUUCUACAAACAACAGGAAGAGGAAAAUAAGCGUUUGGAGACACAAAAACAGAAAUCUGCAGCAAAGAUACAGGCCGCAUUCAAGAGCUACAAAGUGAGGAAAAUCCAUGGUCCAGUCUUGAAGGAAAAACGAGAAAACAGGAAAAAGUCCUGGGCUUUGAACAGGCAACUGGAGAUAGAGAAACACAAAAAGGAAGAAGAGUUGAAACAAAGACUGGAUGAACAAGAAAGAAAAAGAAAGGAAGAUGAGAAGAGAAAAGAAGAAGAGAGGAAAAAGCAGGAGGAAGAAGAAAGAAGAAGAAAGGACCAAGAGGAGAAGGAAAGAAUAGAGGAAGAAAGAAAAAGACAGGAAGAGGAAAAGAGAAGAAUUGAGGAAGAAGCAAAAAGGAAACAGGAGGAGGAAGAGAGAAGAAAAAAGGAAGAAGAAAGGAAAAAGGAAGAGGAAAUAAAGAGAAGGGAAGAAGAGGAAAGGAAAAGGCAAGAGGAAGAAAAGAAGAAACUGGAAGAGAAGAAAAGAGAAGAGGAAGCAGAAAGGAAGGAAAAAGAGGAACAACUCCGCAGAAUACAAGAGGAAGAAGAAAAAAGGAAAUUGGAAGAAGAGCAAGAAAAGAGAAGGCAAGAGGAAGAACAGAAGAGAUUGGAAGAAGAAGCAAAGAUAAGAAAGGAAGCUGAAGAAAAACUAAAGACUAUAGAAAAUGUGGAAACUAAUGAUCCUGGACAGCUAAAUAAUAAAUUGAAGGGAAAUUCAAAAGACAAUUCUCAUGUAGAGAGAACAGUACUUACACAAGAGGACAUGACGGCCAUUGCUGACGACCUUGAAAGAAGACGUCUCCAGUGGAUGGAGUCGUGUCGGCCGUGGAGUCAGGUUUCCGCAGAGUUGAAGCGAAGGAAACCCAAGAAAGGUGGGAGGGGGGCGGCCAAACAUGCCUCCGCUAAGAACCUACCAGAACUGACGGCUGAACAGUUACUGAAGGCAUCAAAGCCAGGAACACCACUGGACAAGGUUGAGGAGGUGAAUAUUGCGGGUCUGACAGGGUGCAGCCUGUCCCGCCUGUCGGAGUGUCCAGGUCUCCUCUCCAUCUCUGUUAACCAGUGUGAAGCUCAGGUAUUGUAUGGUGUUCAGAGGUUCACCAGCUUACAGCACAUCAACGUGAGCCAGAACCGGUUGACUGUGCUGGUUUGUUCCGGUUGUGCCAGUCUGAACCGCCUUCUGGCAGCACACAACCAGCUGUCCUCCAUACAGGGGCUCGACGGGUGCAACGACCUACAGGUCCUUGACCUCAGCCACAACAAGAUCACAAGAAUAGGUGGCCUAGACAGCUGUGUGCACCUGCAGCAUCUGGACCUGUCCCACAACCAGCUGAUCAGCCUGCGGGGGCUGCAGCUGGUCCCCACCCUCCUGCACCUGGACGCCUCUCACAACCACCUGUCGGCCGCAGAACACCUGCAGGACUGUGGACUGCUGCAGCAUCUUAACCUGGCAAGCAAUACUCUGACUAAGCCUCCAAGUCUAAACAACCAUGUCCUUCUGCGAAGCCUGGUGCUGGAUGACAACAGCAUCUCCAGUCUGGAUGUGCUGUCUACUGCCUGGCUGCCACUGCUGUCACUGCUGUCAGUCAAACAGAACAGCCUGACUCAGGUGAGUUCCUUGUGCCACCUGAUCCUGCUGGAGCACCUGGACGUGAGCUGCAACCAGCUGGAAGAUGUGUCAGGUGUCGCAGGUGGCGUGUCCGCCUGUGGCCGGCUGCACACGCUGAACGUGGCAGGGAACCCUCUGACUGAGGAUCAAAGUUACAGAUCUGACCUAGUGGCAGCUAUACCGAGCCUGUGUCAGCUGGAUGGUGAGGAGAUACAGCAGAGAAGUAGUGCAGCAAGAGCCACGGAACUCCCAUUUGUGAGGAUGUGCCUCAACCAAAGAACACAGUUGGACAACAUGAGCCACAGACAUGAUGCAAAACUCAAGGAAGCUGAACAGUCAGGUGAUGUGAGGAGCUGCUUGGCAGUUCAGCACGCACAUCAUGAGGAGUGCUACCAGCUGGCCGUGGAGCACAGAUAUGCUCACGAGUAUGGAGAAAUGGACUCAUCCGGAGAAACGGCCUCAUCCAGAGCAGCGCUCUCAGGGAAAGACACAGGGGUACAGGAUCUUGGUCAAACAACAGGCAACAAGAAACCACAGUUAGAUAAAGUUCCUCCAGUGGCAAAUGUGGUCACUGAUAGCAGAACUCAAAGUGCCACAUCUGUUGGUAGAAUUACAGCAAAACAUGAAGAAGACUCUACUCAGAGGGUUGCAGGAAAAGUUGUCACUACUUCAGGUGGAAGAACGUCUACAGGUGCUAGCUCCUUGCAGCAGGACUCUUCAGGGGCUUUGAAAAGUGUUGCAGCUGUAAGGAUCCAGUCUGUGUGGAGAGGGUACAGUGUGAGGCGGGACAUCAGACAGCACACCCAGGAAUGGCUGGAGGCUAACACCAUUCAGGAAGCUGCUACAAAAAUCCAGGCUGUAUGGAGAGGCCACAGACUGAGACUGCGGCUGAAGCGAGCCCUGCAGGCUGCCAGAUGGGAGGAUGAUGAUGAUAUCGAUGAUGAUGAUGAUGAGUUUGGAGAAGUGGACCUGUCCUCGUUUGACCUGCAGGCUGCCGAGCUGGACCAGGCCUGGGCGCCCCCACAAACACCCACCCUGCCUACAAGACAUGCUGUUCUUGGCUCAGCGUCAUCCAAGCAUCAGGACAGAGCACAGCCUGUAUGGGACACCCGUCAGGCGUGGCAGGGGGCCCCCAACCCUCCCCCUCCCAGCCCCAAACACCCCCUCCCCCCUGUCAAACCCCCCAGCAGGGCGAGCAGUGCCUCCUCCCAACACCACCCAACCCCUCCGACCAGCAGACUGGGCAGUGUGAUCAGCACGAAGAGUGAACAGCUGACGGAGGAGUGGGGGUUCAAGUCAGGCACCACGGCCGAGCUCAUGAUGAAGAGAGCUCGCAGGAUGAAGGCACGCAAGAAGAAAACUUUAGACCCCCAUCAGAGGCUGGCCUUGCAGCGUAAGCUGGCAGAGAAGGAAGCCCCGCCUACUGUCCGGGCUCCUCCCAGGAGACAGCCCAACAGGGUCGACUACUUCAGAGGUUCAUCAGAAGAACAGGCAGCACGGGAACCCUGCCUCGUCUGGAUCCUGACAUCAUCGCUACUGGGAGGGUACAACUCGUGAGAACGCCCCCGGCUGCACAGAUGGAUGGACUGGAGCUGGAAUCUGUGGACGGGACGUCUGCUUCAGACCUACAGUCCCAUAGGGAGAGGAGACACUCCAUAGACGGGGACAGUCCAAGGGAGACACAGUUUGAGCCAAGCCCACCCAAGACAAAUUCGGCGCCGUCGCAAAAGUUACGGGAGCGGCUAUCGCGUCACAGCGACGCAGACAAGAAUGCAGCAUGGGGCUCCGGGCGACGCAGAAUACAGCUCUUCAAAAUGUAGUUCAGCAAAGUGGAUUUGUCUGUGGAACAGAAUUCUGUUACAUUUUGAAGAACAUCUGACAAGAAUUCUAAAUUUCAACUUUCAAUAAAGUUCAUCUGAGUCAGCAUAGAAGUCAUUCUGUAAAAGAUUAAGCUGUAAUUUCCAACACAAGAAUUAGACCUACCCAAAUUGGAGUCACUUCAAUUGGUGAAGUAGUUUUCCUUGACAAAGACUUGAGUUGAUCAGUCAAAAACUCUGGUCAGUCCAAUUUCAUUUCUUGGAAAUUUCAGUCUAACCCUUUUCAGAAAAAUUCUAAUGUCUCUUAAUGUGAUUGUGACCGAACAUUUGUUACAUUGUACAUACAAAGAACAACCUAUACAGGUUUAGUAUGUACAUUUAUUGUUUACUGACAAAUGCUGCUUACAGAAUUCAGCAUUUUGUCUUUUACACACUGCUUGAGGUUAAGGUUAAGUCACUUAUUGUGCAAGAGUUUUUAGGAAUACUUUUUACUGUAUAAUUUUGAGUGAAUUCUGAACCAGACAUUUCUAUGUUGUACAUAUCUAUCUUCUGAUGAUACUAAUUGAAUGUAUAUGUAUAUUAUGGAUUGAUUUAUUCAUGACUUAACGAUAUGUGCUUUUUUGAUUGACAUAUCAGGGGUCGAUUUGUAAUAUACAUUGUACCAGUUGUUUAAUUCAUGCACAAUAUUACUAUCAGGCAACCACAUCACUAAUAACUGUAGGUGGUAGUUUUGCCUUGUUGAACAAACUAUUAUAAUAAUAAUUAUCAUGAUUUUUUACUUGGAAAUUGUUGCAAACUUGCCAGUCUGUCAUUUGUGUCUAGUAUAAAGGGGCUUAAUUAGAUAUAUGUAUAGUAUUAGUUCAAAUUGACUGUGUAUGUUUUAAUGUGUACGAGCAUAAGAGCUGUUUUAUUGGAAUUUGGCACUUUUUGGCGUUGUGAAUUCUGAACUCUGCUUGCACUAUGCUGCUAGAUAUAAAACCUACAUUGUUAACAUGCACAUGUGUAAAAUGCUUCAUGAAAAAGAGUAAAUAAACUUUUAU